CAAAUCGAGGAGGUUGUGCCUAUGUCUACCUCAUUUAUGGCAUGUAUUAUUGUUUUAAUAUUGCUUCCUCCGCAAAAGGAGACCCCCAAGGAGUAUUAAUUCGGGCCGCGGAACCACUUGACCACCAUACGGUUCCGGUUAGUUCGCUUCAGGAUGAAAGAAAAAAAUAUCACUACUAUACUAAUGGUCCAGGAAAAUUAUGCCGAGCACUUAAUAUCGAUAUAAGUCUUAAUCAUACUGAUUUAACCACUAGUGAUUUAAUUUAUUUAGAAGACCAACCAGAAAUUAACCAAGAAAAAAUUGUCGCUACUAAAAGAGUUAAUAUUGACUAUGCCGGAGCCGACAAAGACCGCUUAUGA